AUGUCGACCAAAAAAGGUCCUCCGAGCAUCGCCGAAGGAUCUCCCAUCCCCGAGCCCCUUCUUAGCCGACUCAUUGUGGCUCCAGUCCUCUUCGUAUCAUUUCUGAUAUCGCUGGUUCUCAUUGACCGCCAGACCUACGGGACGGUCUUCGGCAAAUCCGGCAGCAAAGAUGGCUACUAUCACUCUCACCAGAAGAAGCUGGCCAGACGGGAAAUGGACGAUGCUUUCCAGAUGAGAAGCAAGGUCAUUGCUGUGAUGGUUUUGGUGGUUGCAGUGACUCUGGCUUUGUUUGCUUGGACGGUAGAGUCGAUAUGGCAGGUUUGGAGAGGAGGCACAUCGCUGCCGUGA